AUUUUUUUUUGUAAAGCUUAGGUUUCACCCUUAUGUCACUAUGAAAACAGUGAAUUAUUUAGUACUGUUCCAUAUUUCAGUGACAAAAGAGUUAUGGCUGUUUGUGGAUAAUUAUUCAUACAUCUCUGCAUAAGUUAUAGUUCAUAUAUAUACCUAUUUGCCGCUAUUUUGUGCGUUAUAUUUAUGUAUAGCAUAGGUUACCCGACCAAGUUGAAUAGUUCGUGAGGAAGCAUUGCGUUCCAUUUCAUGUAUGGGAAUCUUGCAAUCGAUAGAAUAUAUCCUUAUAUCUAAUACGUAGCUUGAGUCUAAUGACCUCAACAUGAAAGUAUUAUAAAAUAAAUCAAAAGUUAAAAGUUUCGUUGUAUCAAAUUAGUAUAAAACAUUUUAAAAUAGUGAUAAAUUAAAGGACGAGCCUGGUGAACGAAAAAAAGUAUGGUAAUGGAACGUUUUUUAGUCUAUGGUUUUUUAUUUAGUUUUUGGAAUUUGCUAGGUGUUUGCACUUUAGAGAAAAAUUUAAUUAUGUUCCAUUGUACCACAAUACUGUAACGAAAAGUGUGUUAGUGAUAUUAAUCUAGAUUCUAAUAAUAUACGCGGAACAAGUAUUAACCAAAAUAAGCUUGCAAAUAAGAGCGGAUUCGUGAAAUGGCUGCCGAAGUGCCUGUUGGCGAUUUGUUGAGUGAAGCAGUGGAAUAUAUGUCUAAACUUGGUGUUAAUUUACGUGAUCGAUCGACAAGCUUGUUAGAGAAAAGAAUAAACCGCAAGAAGUUACGGAAUACACAUGCGGUUUUGAAAGCAGCUGAAAAAGUGCUUCUUAUAUGUGAAUUGUCAAAAAAAUCACUCGCGAAUGUAGAAACCGGCGUCCGAAAAGUCUUAUCCAUUAUCGACGCAUCUCAGACACAAACAAAUAGUGAUGGCGGGAAAACUAGCAAUAAUGCAUUAGAUAAGCGUAAUGACAGAUUUUUUUAUUUUGAAUAUGAAUCAUGCACAUUGCGAAUAUCUAAGAAAAUUACAUUAAAACACUAUACAGGAGUAAAAGUACUAGCAAAAAAGUUGCCAGUUUCUAUGCAAGAAAAAUAUCCAGUAUUUUAUGAUUGCAAACUAAAGAGAUUAAGGAACAAAUUAUCAGAAAAACAACAAGAUGAUAAGCAUGCAGACAAGUCUGAAAAAACUAAGUUGAAAAGCAAAGAUGUUGAACAAUCUCAAAAAACCCAGAAUUCGAAGGUUUCAGAUGAAUCCGAUACAAAUUUAUCAGACAAGUCAACAAAGAAAAGAGGCAAUCCCUAUGAAAAUAAAUUAGUUGAAAAUGAUGUUAUAAAUGCUUUGGAUGCUAUUGCACUUAAUGAUAAAUCAGACACUAUUCAUGAUGAUAAUGUUUCCAAUAGGCAAGUAAGUAAUGGAAACAAAAAAAGCAAUUUGGAUGAAGAUGUAUCAGUGUCUGAACUUAUUGAAUGCUUUGCAAAUGAAGCAAAGGUUGAUGAGGAUGAAACACAUCAUGGAAAACACAAAAAAGGAAAAAAAGAUGCUAGCCUUAUUAGAAAGAAGUUUAGUAAAAUUAAGAUAGUUGAUGAUGAUGAUAGCUCAGAUAAUGAACCUAUUUCUAAAGGCACAGAUAACAUUACCCAUAAGAUAUCAUCUGAUGAAGAAACUAAUAUAAAUUCAGAGAAGGAAAAUAAUGAUAAGGAGUCCAAACUUACGAAAAGAAAAUUUAGUAAUAGUGAUGGAGACACAAACAAAGAGGAUUCAGACAACAAUUCUGUGAAAUCUGAAAUUAGUUCUAAACCUCUGAUUAGAUGUGUAAAUAUAUCUAAGUUACUUAAGCCUGAUGCAUUAAGUUCAGGAACAGUUCAACCAUCAAACCAAAGCCAAAUUACACAAAGUAAAGCCUUAACUACAAAACAAAAAGAAAAAGAUAAGAAGAAACAUAAUAAUUCUAAAGAUGAUUUAUGUAAAAAGCAAAGAACAAUAAAGUCUUUCUUUCAAGCAGACCAAAGUGAAGAUGAAUUUUGGGCCCAAAAAAGAAAAGAGGUUGAAAAAUUUAAACCUAAACAGUUUUCUGUAAAUAUUAAUAGAUUACCCCAAUUCACAACUAAUUUUAUGCUUUCUCAUAAAUUGAAGAGAAUCACUCAAAAUAACAAAACUGUUUAUGAAGUUAAUAAUAGAGAUUCUGACCACUUAAAGAAGAAUAUUGACAAAGUUAAGAAUGCCUUACUGAAUGAAUCUGGAUCAGAUACUGAGAAUAACAUUUCAGACAAGGCAAAGAAUGUUAAAAAGUCUCUUCUCAAUAAUUCUGAUUCUGAAACAAAUGAAAGAUCUUUAAAUAAUGGUGAUAAUAAUUCCUUAUCAUCAUCAGAAACAAAUAAAGUAAAAGAAUCACUUCUUCAUGAUUCUGAUGCGGAACUGAAGGAAAAAUCUUCAAACAUUUGUACAGAUAAUGUUGAUGAUGCCAUAUUAUUUGAAGCAAAUAAAGUAAAAGAAUCACUUCUUAAUGAUUCUGAUUCUGAAAUCAAAGACAAAUCUUCAAAUAAUGACUUUGAUGCUUGCUUAGAUAAUAUUGAUGAUAACUUAUUAGCUGAAGCCAAUAAGGCAAAACAAUCGUUUAUUAAUGAUUCCAAUCACCAAUCAAAAGAACAGACAACAAACAAUUCUAACAAUAGUAGUUCAAAAGACCAGGAAGACACAACAGAUAAUGCAAUUGUUAAAGAUGCACUUCUUAAUGAAUCUGAUUCAGGAAGCGAUAAAGUCUCUGACCCUGUUACCAAAGAUUGUGAAAAUGAGUUACAGAAAGAAGUUGCUAAGGAAAUUAAAGAUGCUUUGCUUAAUGACUCUGAUUCUGAUAAACAUGAAUGUGCUCAAGAUGUCACAAGUAAUGAUGCCACCAAAGAUAAAUUUGCUAUGUCACAAAAUGAGUUUGAAGCAAGUGAGCACCCCGAACAAACUGAAGAUCAAGAUCCAGAUAAAAUCAAAUCGUCCCUGUUAAAUGAUUCAUCUGAUAGUGGAAAAAAAUCCCCACCUGAUUCCAAGAAGAAAAAGAAAUUAAAAAAACGUAAAAGAACAAACAGUGAAAGACAAGCUAAAAGAAAUAGAUUGUGCUACACUUCAAGUUCAGAAAGUGAAGAGGAAUUAAAAAUUAAGUCUAAAGAGAGUACUCAUAAACACCAUAAACGAAAAUCACGACAAUCUAAUUCCUCUUCAUCCAGUGAGGAAAAUAGGAAAAAGAAGAAAAAAACUGAUGGAACUGGUGAUGAGCAUUCAGAUGCUGGUGUUAGCAAGAUGGUACGUUCUAAGGCAAAACCGUGUGGAAGCAGCGGUCAAAACUCUGAUAAUCAAGAUGCAAGUGACAAAGACAUUGAUGGACUGACAAAUCUGAGUACUUUAAACAAAAAACACCGACGGCGCGAUUCCCCGUCGACGAAUAAUACGGGCACUCGAAGCGGUGGUAAGAAGACUCUCACAGUCAAAACUGAGGAUAUGAAAGUGACGUAUGAUGACCUGCUGACUGCAGCUGCUAGCAGUUCUGAAGUCUCCGAUGAUGAAAAUAUGCCUGAAGAAGAGCUGCCCACCAUACCAUCAGGACUAAAUGGAGAUAGUAUCGGGCAUUUAGCUAAAGAUGAUUUAUUAGGCGAGAGUGAUUCUUCAGUGUCACAGAAUGAAAAGAGACACAGCGAGGCAGAGGAGCCUCGCAAUGAAGAGGAAUCGGAGGAUGAACAAAAUGUAAAAUUAAAGCGGCAACGCAAGGCGAACGCGAUAUCUUCGGAUUCUGAGGGCGGAACUUCACAUCGUAAGCAGAGGGAUGAGGAUGCUAGAGUGAGUGACUUUGAGGACUCUGAGGACGAGAGUUCAGAGUCCAGAGAGAAGCGUUCCAAGCGGAAGAAGAAAGGAUCUGAUAGUGAUGCUUCAGGAGGGUCUAGUAAUGAAGGAGGCCAAAAGAAACGUCGCCGUAUAAAACAAGUGAAGGACAGCGAUGGUUCUGGAUCUGACACUGAGAAUGAAGGAAGAAACAAACAUGGCAGGAAGAAUAUACGUAAGGUUAUGGGUAAGAACCAGUUGGAAGAGGCCACUAAGAAGGCAGCUCGCGAAGAGAAAGAAAGGAUUGCUCGUAUUACUGAGAGACAAAAAUUGUACAACAACAUGGAAUUUGACGAAUCUGGCAAACCGGACGAGGUAGUCUUGGAGAAGGUGGUGCUAGAUUUCGACCCUGAAACUAAAGAGCCACUGAUUGAGGUCGAUAGAGGACUUGUGAAGAAACUGAAACCCCAUCAGGCUAACGGAAUAAAGUUCAUGUGGGACGCGUGCUUUGAGAGUGUGAAACGUAUCAAGAAGGACAAGGGGUCCGGGUGUAUCCUCGCGCACUGUAUGGGUCUCGGGAAAACUCUACAAGUAAUAUCCCUGACGCAUACAUUGCUGACACACGGCGCUCUGACCGACGUGAACCGUGUGUUGGUGGUCUGUCCUCUGUCCACUGUACUUAACUGGGUCAACGAGAUCAAAAUGUGGCUCAAACACGCACACUCUGAGUUCGAAGUCGAUGUGUAUGAGUUGUCCAGGUACAAACAGAACUCUGAGCGAGCGUUCCAGCUGCAGCAAUGGUUUGAAGGGGGCGGGGUGUGUGUGCUCGGGUACGAGAUGUUCCGCAACCUCUCCGCUGACAACAACAAGAAGUUCAAGAAAAAGAUGCUAAGGAGUUUCCAGGAGAGCCUUGUUGAUCCAGGACCGGAUUUGGUGGUGUGUGACGAAGGGCAUCUGUUGAAGAACGAGAAGACCAGUUUGUCGCAGUCUAUGAACAGAGUCAAGACGCGACGCCGCAUCGUCCUCACCGGCACGCCGCUACAGAACAACUUGAAAGAAUACUACUGCAUGGUACAAUUCGUGAAGCCGAACCUGCUUGGAAAGUACAACGAGUACUUGAAUCGUUUCGUGAACCCCAUCACCAAUGGCCAGUACACGGACUCGACUGAACAUGACAUCAAGGUCAUGAAGAGACGGUCCCAUGUGCUGCAUAAAAUGCUCGAUGGAGCUGUUCAGAGGAGAGACUAUGGGGUGCUGGCGCCCUUCUUGCCUCCGAAACACGAGUAUGUGCUCUUCAUCACUCUAUCCGACGUGCAAGUGAAGCUUUACCAAUUCUAUUUGGAUAACUACUCUAGAAGGCCGCUACCUGGUAAAUCUUCUGGGUUCCUGUUCCCUGACUUUCAAUCGCUGCAGAGGAUAUGGACACAUCCACUUGUCCUCAAAUAUAACUCGGAAAGAUACGAAAUUAUGCAGCAGAAAAAGAGGGAGAGAGAAGAAGAAGACUCAGAAGGAUCAUUAGUAGAUUUUAUAGAUGAUGAUUCUACUCCAGAGGAAACUUCAACAGAAGAGUCGACGGAUGAACUCUCAGAUAUGAGCGAUGACAGUCGAAAGAAGAGCAAGAAGAAGAAUAAGGGGAAAAAGAAUAAGGGUAAAGACUCGAAGGUGGGCACGCGGCGAGGCACCAGGGCCAACCCAGGUAACGUGGAAGCGGACGAGGACGAUCCGGACGUGGCUGAGGUGGUGGAGGUGAGGAAUGAGAACCCGACGGAGUGGUGGAUCAAGUUGGUGGAGGAGGAGGAACUCGAUGACAUGCGCAACUCACACAAACUCGUUCUCCUGUUUGACAUUCUACGCCAGUGCGAGACUAUUGGGGAUAAACUAUUGGUGUUUUCGCAAUCGCUGUACUCUCUAGAUCUGAUAGAACAUUUCCUAGGUAAAGUAGAUGAGGCGACGCAAGAGGGACGUAUCGACGAGAAACUCGGAGGACACGUCGGUUCGUGGGCACCCGGCGUAGAUUACUUCAGGCUGGAUGGCUCUACAUCUUGUGAGAACAGAUCUAUUUGGUGUAAGAACUUCAACAGAGAAGAUAACCCCAGAGCUAGGUUAUUCUUAAUAUCGACUCGCGCGGGUGGCCUGGGUAUCAACCUGGUGGCCGCCAACCGAGUGGUCAUCUUCGACGUCUCAUGGAACCCCUCACAUGAUGUCCAGAGCAUAUUCAGGGUCUACCGGUUUGGACAGAAGAAACCUUGCUAUAUUUACAGAUUUUUAGCUAUGGGUACAAUGGAGGAGAAGAUUUAUGAGCGCCAAGUGACGAAGCAGGCGAUCUCUAAGCGAGUAAUUGACGAGCAACAGAUCGACCGACACUACGCGGAGAACGAUCUCGCCGAGCUGUACAAGUUCGAGGCUCGCCCCAACGAGCCCCGACCUAUACCCGCGCUGCCCAAAGACAGACUCUUCGCUGAAAUGCUCAGGGAACACGAGGCUCAGAUUUACAAGUACCACGAGCAUGAUUCUCUGCUGGAGAACAAGGAGGAGGAGACUCUAAGUGAGGAGGAGCGAAAGGCUGCCUGGGAGGACUUCGAGAACGAGAAGAACAGGCCGCCGCCCGCGCCCUUCCCGUCCGCCUGGCCCAUGCACAAUGGAAUGAUGCCGGGGCUGCUGGCGGCGCAGCAGCAGCAGCUGGCGUACGCGGCGCUGGCCGCCAUGCUGCGGAAGGACAUGCCCAACAUCAACGACAACCAGAUCCGGGACAUGUUGCCGCUCAUAUACAACUCUAACCCAGGGUUGAUUCAGAAAAUGUCUCAACUUUACAAGUUUACACCACCGGGGAUGAUGAAUCCCGAUAUGAUGAAUGCUGUUAUGAAUUCUGGCGGCGGCGCGGGCGCGUCGAGCGGCGCGGCGGCCAGCUCGCUGCAGUACGAGCCGCCCUGGCUGCGCCAGCAACAACAGCAACAACAGAUGCGGCUGCAGCAAGUCAUGCAGCAAAACCAAAUGGGCGCGAAGAUCUACGCCGGCGGACUCGGCAGCCGCGACCCCGUGGCCAUGGCGCUGCAACAACAACGCUCGCGCGAGAUCCUCAUGGCCGGCGCCGGCGCGCGCCCGCGGGGCCGGCCGCCCCUCGCCGCGCGCCAGCACCCGCCCACCUUCGCGCAGGACGUCGUCAACCUCGACUCCGACUAGAUGGUAGAGGUGCAAAGUGGACCGAAUAUGUACAGUGAACGAUAAUAGGUGCUACACUGCUAUAUGGAGUGGAGUGUCGUCGCCGCGGACUGGUCGGUCGGCCGGAACAUUACUUCCACCAGCCGACCGAGUCCACUGCGCUCUGCGCUCGAGGUAAUCAUCUGGCCAAAAUACAGUGAUAUUUUGGAGUGUUAGCUCCAUAAAUGUAGCUUUUCGCCUUGAGGCUUGCGCUCUUAACGCUACAUAUCAAGAAUCUCAGUAUUUUAUUUGUAGUUCUGAACAUUUUAGACGUUAGCCAUGUAAUGUCCAUUUAAUUUCCUGGUGAGAUAAGUGGUGUUCUCAUAUUGAAGGAGAACCACUGUUUCGGUAAAUUCAACAACAGCGGAAGCCUAAGGCGUUAUUAGUAAAUGAUAAGACGCACAAGUUUGGUCAUAUUUUAAGCUACAACAUAUAAGUAGAUGUGCUCAGUCUUGAAAUGUGACACUUGUGCCUGUGGGAGUUAACAUUCUAUGCUUUCUGACACAGUGUAAGGAUGAUGUAAGGUACUGUCGAACAAACGAGGCAUCCUGAGAAAGCUUCUGGUUAUACUAUAUCUUAUUCUUAUUGUUGAUUUAUUUAAUGUGAAAAUGAAAUAUUUCAUAAAAAAUGGUUGUUUUGUUUGUAACAAGUCUGCUAGUACACACCAGCUGUAAAGGUCUAUUUUACAGCCAUACAUUUUAGGCUUACGUAUAUAAAAAUUUAUAUUGACAAAUAAUGUUUAAAAGUAUUGUACAGAAGCUGCUGCAGGAUGCUUCAGGUGUCAGUUUGGUAAAUUUUAACUAUAUCUCUCAGUACAGGAAAUUAGCAUAAGUUAUAUGUUUGUAGUUAGAAAACUUCUGUGUGUUUAACAUAGUAGUGAUCGCGAGAGUGCGCACGGAAAUGUAUGACCGUACACUAGUAGGAGUAGUGAGCAAAUGGAGUGCAAACACAUUAAUUCCAUUUGUAGUGAACUCUUUAUACAUAAAAGAACCAGUCAGCAAGUCAAUGAUGAGUUGUGUUGGCCAAUGCAUAGUAUAUUCACUUGAAUCGCAAUUUGUACUCCAUUUGAUCAUUAUUCUGUGAAAAGCACCCACUAUGUAAACAAUAUAGUGAUAAUAUAUUACUCUACGUAUAGUUACUACAACACCAACUUAACUAAAUGUUAUUCAUUGGUUUAUGUAUAUUUAACCAAUAUUGGACUGUAAAAUUAGAAAACUAGAUUUCAAUAUACAUAUUAUCAACUCUGCACAUAAACCAUUAGUAACAUUGAUGUUCAAUUUUAAGAUUAGAUAAAUAUUAUUUUGGUGAUGUUUAUUAUCCACGUUUUGCUGCAGUGGUAAUACAAUUUUAAAUCAGAUCUGUUUUAAAAUCCCCUUAGCAAUAUUGAAGGUAAUUUAAGUUAAUACAAAUUAUAUGAAAAUGAAGACAAACAUGAUCAGUAAGCUGAUUUCAUAUAAUUAUACCUAGUUGUUACUGUAUGUUCUGUAUGGCCUGGACCUAGACACCUAGAGUAUUUAUUUCCAAAUAUAUUUGAUUCCAUUCAGUACUAUGAUUUAAGCGUUGGAAUAAUUGUAUACUAGGUUUGCUCAUGAAACAUUUAUUAUUAUUGGUGAAAUGUUUACUAGAAUGAGAUCUUAGGGGAAACAAUAUUUGUGUGUUUUGGGCUUAGCAAUUAUUGUUCAUAACUGUGUACCCACAUUGCAUUGCAAUCAUAGUGCAGUUUGACUGUGUUUUUAUGUGCAAAUACUUGAUUUACGGACCCUAGUACAUCACACAGUGGGAUUAUUUAAGUGAUGUUUAUGUGACUGUAUUUAUUUGCCUGCCGUUGAACAGGUGGUUUAGUUGUGAUAUUGAUUAAUUUUAAAUUUUUGUAUACGUUUAUUUUAAUCAAGUCACUAAUGUGACUUUAAUUUUAGAUUCAACAUCUAUAGCUAUAUAUUAUUUUAGAUUACAUUAAUGUACCUAUAGCCGUAACAUGGAAAUUGUAGUGCAUUUUAUGGACACUGUUUUAUGACAAAUUCUCGUUGUUUUAUUGUAGUUUUGGAUUAUUUUACAGAUUUUCUAUGCUUAGAAUGUUAUUUAUACUUAUUAACAAUUAUAUUAAUAAAUGAGCAGUAUUUCAGUUAGUUGUAAGAACAUGUUAUAAUUAUCCAGUUUAGUUCCAUCUAUGCACCUUCCCAAACAUAUUAUAUGAAUUAGUUUUUCAUUACCUACAAGAUAAUUAACAUCUCGGUACCUUAUUAUUCAACAUAAUUAUGGUGUGCCCACAUUUGCGAGUGGCGCACAUAGAGAAAAUGUCUACCAUGGCCAUUACAAACGUGCGAACUGUUGCGUCAAAGGAAUAUGACUAUGUCGCACAACUCGCACAAGUGUGAGCGAGAUAUCCGCGGGUUUGUUAUGACAUCCUAAAGUCAGAAUGGUUCCAUUGAGGGAAAGAAACAGAGCUAUACAAGUCGUCUAGCGAGAUCUCGUUUCCUCGGCGGAACCACUCUAGUUUUGAUAUGUCACCUGAUAAAUAUAACUUAUGCCAGUUCCCACGUUCGUAAUGGGUCAACUAUACUAUACCUUGAGUUAUCUCAACUUAAAUAAAUAAUAAACUUAUGUUUAGACUACAACACUAUUCCAUGGAAUGUAUGCAUUUUUCAAAUGACGCAUCAUAGACAGUAGAGCUUACUUUAAAAAUCAUGCUUGUUUUAUAAUUAAUAUUUAAUUGGAUUAUAAAUAGUUAAUUUACUGAAUACUGUGUUUCCAUUUUCUUACGAGUAGGGCUGAGAUGGAAAUUUUUAAAGACAACCAGAUUGAUGCUCUGGUGGCAAGGCGCCGAGAUGGGAGUAAACCAUUUAUCCAGUGUCACUGCACAGCCCUAUAGUUAAUUUUUGUUUUUUAUACAACUACCUAGCAAUAGUGUUGCUACAUGAGUAUUGAGAGGUUGCUACAUAUGAGUGAGGACUGCUGUAAUUGUUUUAUUAUUUAUGUAAUAUAUAUAAUAUAAUUGUAACUGUAGAGAACUUCCUAUUAUUUUGUAGUACAAUCAAAUAAUAAAUAAUUCAGAAAUGUGUAUAUAAAUAGUUUUAUUUUC